GAAUUAUGCUGGCAGUGUCUUUUGAUCAACCUGGAGGACCAGAGAAUCUUCACUGGAAGGAGGUGCCGAAACCAAUACCGAGAGAAGGAGAAGUUCUUAUUAAAGUUCAUGCCACUGCUUUAAACAGGGCUGACUUAUUGCAGAGACAAGGAAAGUACCCACCUCCAAAAGGAGUAAGCGAGAUUUUGGGUUUGGAAGCUGCUGGAGUCAUUGAUGCUCUUGGACCACGUUGCAAAGGUCAAUGGUCUCCUGGAGAUCAUGUGAUGGCCCUUCUUUCAGGUGGAGGAUAUGCACAGUAUGCCACUGUACCAGAAGAUCACCUUAUGCCAGUACCAAAUCACAUGACCCUAUGCAUAGCUGCUGCUAUACCUGAGGCUUGGCUGACAGCUUAUCAGCUCUUGCAUUUUGUUGGGAGAGUACAGAAGGGUGAAACCGUGCUGAUCCAUGCAGGAGCAAGUGGUGUUGGUACAGCGGCUAUUCAGCUGGCUCGCUUGGCAGGAGCUGUUCCUAUAGUAACAGCAGGAACCCCAGAGAAACUGCAAAUGGCAUCAAAACUUGGAGCAGCUGCUGGAUUCAACUACAAAGAAGAAGAUUUUUCUAGACACGUCAUAGAUUUUACAGGAGGUAUUGGAGUAGAUGUCAUACUGGACUGUGUUGGAGGAACCUUUUGGGAGAAGAAUGUUUGCUGUCUUGGAAUGGAUGGCAGAUGGAUUUUGUAUGGAGUUUUAGGUGCUGCUGAAGUACAUGGAGAUAUUCUUGGAAAACUGUUGGCCAAAAGAGGAAACUUGCUUACUAGUUUGUUGCGUUCAAGAACAGUAGAGUACAAAGCUCAACUAAUUAAAUCCUUUCUGGAAAAUGCAUGGCCUUAUUUCUCAGAUGACAAGAUACCACAACUCCAACUAGUUAUCGACAGUACUUUUGGUAUAGACAAGAUUGCUGAUGCACACAGGCGCAUGGAGGGCAAUGAAAAUAUUGGCAAAAUUGUUGUUGAAGUUGCUUCUUCACAAUAGAAACAGUAUCUGAGAUUAUGCUAAAUCCAGUGUCAACAAACUGUUAUUGAUAUCUUUAAAUGUAUCUGUUUAGUAAUGUAACAACAGGUCUACCUCUUCUAUCAGUUACAGUUUACAGUUUUGCUGCAAUAUUAAUAUCAUCUAUUCCAGACAUUAAGAUAGAAUAUUUGUUAACAUUCAGAUAACAUGUGGUUAUUGGUGUGCAACAUGGAGACAGUACAAUGUAAGAUUCACAAGCUAAGCACUGCUAAGGUUCAAUCUAGUUGUGCUACUUGAGUGAAUAACUGUUUGCUAGGUCAGAUACACAAGAUACAUGUAUGUGUGAUACUCUUAGAAGCCUUAAUAUUUUUAAAUAAAUUGCUGAAGUAUGAAGUGUUUAAUCAC